GUAAAACCCAAAACUUUCUUCUGCAUCACAUAAACCCUUCCUUCUGUAUCCCCAUACUUCAUAUUUUCUAGUAGUUGAAAAACUGUUUCCUUCGAAACUGAUACUCCAAAUGAUUCUUCCGAUAAAUCCAGCAAAUAAAUUAUCCUUUAAACGCUGCAUUAAAGAUGGAGAUUUGGUAAUUGUAUACGAAAGACAUGAUACAAUGAAAGCAGUAAAAGUCAGUGAGGAUGGGGUUCUACAGAAUCGUUUUGGUGCAUUUAAGCAUUCAGAAUGGAUAGGAAAACCAUUUGGGUCCAAAGUUUUAAGUAACAAAGGAAGUUUUGUUUACUUGUUAGCUCCAACUGCAGAGUUGUGGACAUUGGUUUUAAGUCACAGAACUCAGAUUCUUUAUAUAGCUGAUAUUAGUUUUGUUGUUAUGUAUUUGGAGAUUGUUCCUGGUUGUUUGGUUCUUGAAUCUGGUACUGGUAGUGGAUCUUUGACUACUUCACUUGCUAGGGCUGUGCCCCCCACUGGUCAUGUUUAUACCUUUGAUUUCCAUGAACAGAGAGCUGCUUCAGCUAGGGAGGACUUUGAAAGGACAGGGCUGAGCAAUCUGGUCACAGUAGGAGUAAGAGAUAUACAGGGCGAAGGGUUCCCUGAUGAGUUUUGUGGGCGGGCAGAUUCAGUAUUCCUCGACCUUCCUCAACCUUGGCUUGCCAUUCCUUCUGCUGGAAAAAUGUUGAAACCAGAUGGGGUAUUGUGCUCCUUUUCUCCAUGCAUUGAGCAAGUACAACGCUCUUGUGAAGCACUCAAAUCACAUUUUACUGAUGUAAGAACGUUUGAAGUGCUUCUACGCACCUAUGAUGUUAGGCAAAGGAUAGUAGAGAGCUGCCCAGUAAACGAAGGAGGUUCUAGUGAGCGCCCUCCACGAAAGAGGAGGCAGGGUUCUGCUGAAGGAAACAAUGGGAUUGAAUGCACUUCUUCUCCUACCGUGAUGAUUAGGCCUUCUGGGGAGGCAAGAGGACACACUGGCUAUUUGACAUUUGCCAGACUCAAGUGUUUUGUGUAAUAUGCUUCAUCAAAGAUCCAAUUUUUGUGGUGGCGCACACUUUUCGUGCUUAUGUUGUGCUUAUUUCUUGAUUAUUCGACAAGUAGAAUUCUUGCAGUUAACAGCUAGUAUUAAAGAGCAGACUAACCAAAAGAGAUAUCAGACAGUUUUGCUCGAGUUUUGACAUAACGAAAGAAAAAAAUGCUUCUACUCGAAUUUUAUAGUGUUA